AUGGCCGCUGCUGUAGCUAUACAACCUCUGGCCCCUCGCUCUGGCCCAAUGGCUUUCAACCAACAACAACCAAGGACCAGUGACGGUUGCCGUAGACGUAAGAGCAAGUGUGUACUACAAGACUCAUUACCUUGCGUUCUGUGUGAAUUCCACAAGCAAGACUGCACCUUUGUCGAGGCCGCUCAGCCACGCAAGCGAAAGGUAGACGAUUCUGCCCUGUCAAAGGAUACACCAAACUCCAAACGUCCAAAAGACUCCAAAAGUCCAGGCCAAACACCUCCUCCGCAGCAACAACCUGGUGCCCUUGUAAACCGUUUGGAGAAGCCACAGCAUGCCCCACAACCCGUACGAGGCGUGGUUCUGGGAGACACUCUAAGUCUACAAAGAGAACAACACUGCAGGCUCAUUGGACGUACAUCGGCCUUGGACAUUUCUCUUCUUGGAUUCUCGGACUUUGGUAGCCGCCACGAGACAAACACAGGCUUUGGCAAGAUCAGAAGGGUUGCGAACAGUGACUUCUUCAGCAUGCAUACCGAUGCCGCGUUUUCGACAUACGAAGACGAGCUACAGACCCUGGUUGCUGUAGAACAAACAGUUGCACCUUAUGGACCCUCACUGAUCGACUUGUACUUCCGCAAUGUACAUCCUAGCUUCCCCAUCCUCCAAAAACACACCUUUAUGGACCGGCAUCGAUGCGGAGAUCGACAAUUUCAUUCAGGUCUGUUGGCUGGAAUGUACUUGCUAGCUCUCCGUUGGUGGAAUAAGGAUCCUGUGCUCUCUCAACACCCUAAGCCCUCAGUAUACCGACUCGAAGAACUCGCGGCACGAUCACUCAGCAUGGCCAUGCAACACCCCAAACUAUCUGCUCUGCAAGCUGGAUUGUUAUUGUUGCAGAGACGACAGUCGACUGAUUGGGGAUUGACUGUACAGUUGGUCGCUCUGGCACAGGAUCUCGGUCUGCACAUUGAUUGUUCAAACUGGGAUAUUCCAGUAUGGGAACGCAGACUGCGCAAGAGAUUGGCAUGGGCACUCUACAUGCAGGACAAAUGGACCGCUCUGGUACAUGGCCGACCAUCUCACAUCCAAGCUGCGGACUGGGCUGUGUCCACUCUUUCCCUAGACGACUUUAACGAAGAGUUCGAGAACGCCGACCAACAGAUGAUUGCAGAUGAUGAGAAUGAGGAGGAAGAAAAGAGCAGAGUGAUUUUCAUCCAGAUGAUCGAAUUGACGAGUAUUAUGGCCGAGGUCAUUGAUGUCUUCUACACACAAAGGGCCAAUGCAGAAUUUGAGGCAGGCGGCCGUAAUGCAACACGGUUGAUCUUGGAGCGCGCAAAGCCGGUCCAACUCAAGUUGAAGGAGUGGUUCUCAAGGCUGCCCGCGGUUGCCAGAAUGGAUGCGUACACACCGGGGAAACUAUCUUCAAAUGGCUACCUGCAUCUUGCAUACUUUGCAACCGAGAUUUCGAUUCACCGACGCAUUGUGCAGUCGCUGCAACCCUCGGCGACGGACCCAUAUGUCUUGUACAUCUGUCGAUCAGCGGCAAAGACCAGAUUAAUCUCAGCCAUGGACUUUGUCAACCGUCUCAAGCCAGAACACCUCGACUCGUUCUGGUACUUUGCAUCGGCUACAAAUUUCGCCUUGAUCAACACAUUCGGCAACUUGCUGCGAGCGACGGCGCCAGGGGAAGAAGAAGCAGGAUUCUAUUCGUGCCGCCUCAAGGAAUACAGAUGGGCAUUGGGAGCCAGCUGCCGAAGAGCAGAGUGGCUUGAAGGAGCUGUCAGGAUGCUUGAUGCGACAGACAACUUGGUCGAUGGCUUGGCCAGCCAACCACGAAACGUUCGACAGACCAUCCACGAGGAGAUGGAAGAUGAGACAGAAGGAGAUUACUGA